AUGCCGCGUCGAGCGAGUGCUUCUUUGUUUACCCACGAGUGGGGGCCAUUCAAUACACCUUUCGCCACCGUGGGGUACUGCCAGCGCCAUCUAGCGGGCCCGCGCCGCGACCAGUUGCCAUGGAGACCGCCCGCUCAUUGGCCACUUCUUAGCCGAGGGAGCGAUUCGGAGUGCGUAGCGCCGCCCUUCGGCGAGCCAUGGCGGAUCGUUCUUGAGUCGGCGGCUAGUCUUUUUGCUAUCGAAGAAGCUAAAUCGACGGUGUCCUACGAGUUUGCCGCCGCGGGCCACGGCGCAAAUUGUAACGAGUCGGCCGCCACGUGGCGAGGCCAUAAUGAGCGCCGCUCACAGCCGCCCGCUGCGAACGGUGAGAAAGUCGCGUUGGCGGUGGAUAACGCGGCCGUCCGCUGGCUUAACGAAGUUACGAAUAACUUGGAAUCGGCGAGCGCGGCAGUUGUUAAUAGUUGUCGCCGUGAGCAAGGACAGUUGGACGUGCAAGUUUUAACGGGCGCCGUGUUCGCUGCACUCUUCGAGUUGCGACGUGCCCUCAUCGAGGACACUCCGGAUUCCUCCAUUGUUGUGAUUCAAUCCCGCUUGAGCAUUCUUAUCGCGGGACUGUACGUAGGCGUCCCGCGAUUCUCAGUGGGAGAGGCGAUUACGUUUGAGUUUGCGAUGUCCCAACAAGAUUUAAGUUCGAGUGGA